AAAGUAACCUUUGCAGAGAGAGUCACAGCAGCCAGCGCUGAAACCCCCUUUUGUCCCCCCGUGUGUGCAGAGGUGUCGGUGUCCUUCGACUCGGAGUCCUCGGUGACCUACACCUUCCAGGAGCCGUUCUCAGUGAUGCAGAACAGAAGCUCGCCGGCCUCCAGCGUUUCCACCGAGAGCAGCAGCCGAGCCAGAGAGGACGUGGCGUUCAGCUUCGUCACGUCCCAGCGGCCCGCCAUGCUGCUGACAGUCAGCACCUUCAGCCAGCAGUACAUCGCCGUCAUCCUCGCCAACAACGGGAGUCUGCAGAUCUGGUAUCACCUUCAAACAGACACGAGUCCAGACAUGUUCAGCCCCGCCCUCGGCAACCUAGCAGACGGGCGACUCCAUCGAGUCCGGAUCCACCGAGUGGGAAAGAACCUCUAUGUACAGAUCGACCAGGACAUCCACACAAAGUACACACUGUCAUCUGAUGCAGAGCUGAUCCUAAUCAGAUCCCUGACAUUGGGCAAAGUCACCAGAGGAGACGACUUCAACCAGGAAGUGGUGCGAGCGGCCUCCAAAGGUUUCGUCGGCUGCCUCUCCUCGGUCCAGUUCAAUCACGUGGCGCCGCUGAAGGCAGCGCUGACCAACCGGGGGAGUUCACUGGUCACCAUCAGAGGUCCUCUGGUCCAAUCGAACUGUGGCGCCCUGGCAGAGUCCACCUCGCACACGCUGCAAGGUAAACCGCUUCAUUAACCCUCACUUGAUACUUAUUUU